CUAGAAUCCGCCUGUGGGGGGCGAGGGCGCCGGAGCCCACGCUUCCCACGCCCCGGGCCAUCAGUUUCUGGGGCCUGCGGGGUCCGCGAGGCCCGGUUUUACCGCCGACCAGGGGACCCCAUGGCCUCGGAAAGCCUGGAGGGGGAGCUGGUGGCCGUGCUGGGGGGCCGGGGUCUGUGCGUGCAGCGCUGUGACUCGGAGCCGGCGGGCGAGCCGCGGGCGCCUGUGCGGCUGCGGAGGGACGUCUGCUACGUGGUGCUGGCUGUGUUCCUCAACGAGCAGGAUGAGGUGCUGCUGAUCCAGGAGGCUAAGAGGGAGUGCCGGGGGUCAUGGUACCUUCCUGCAGGACGAAUGGAGCCCGGGGAGACCAUCGUGGAGGCACUGCGGCGGGAGGUGAGGGAGGAGACCGGGCUGCACUGCGAGCCUGUGACGCUGCUGUCCAUGGAGGAGCGAGGUCCCUCCUGGAUCCGCUUUGUAUUCCUGGCUCGCCCCACAGGUGGAACUCUCAAGACUCUCAAGGAGGCAGAUGCGGAGUCCCUGCAGGCCGUCUGGUACCCGAGGAUCGCCCUGCCCAGUCCACUUCGAGCCCAUGACAUUCUGCACCUGAUUGAGUUGGCUGCUCAGUACCACCAGCAGGCUGGGCACCCCCUGGUUUUGCCCCAGGAGCUGCCCUGUAGUGUAGUCUGUCUGCGGCUUGUGGCCACAUUUACAGGCAUCCAGACUGUGUGGGUGCUGGUGGGCACGGUGGGCACGCCCCACUUGCCCAUAACCGCUUGUGGCUUUACCCCCAUGGAGCAAAGGGGUGGCAUCAAGGUGGCUGUCCUGCGGCUGUUGCAGGAGUGUCUGACCCUUCACAAUUUGACAGUGGAGACGAAGGGGUUGCUUGGAUUACAGCACCUGGGCAGAGACCAAACAGAUGGCAUCUGCCUCAAUAUCCUGGUGACAGUGGCUUUUCGGAACCUAGGAAGCCAAGAUGAGCCCCCAAAGGUUCGGGGUGAGAACUACUUUUGGUGGAAGGUGACAGAAGGAGACCUACAGAGUCAGCUCCUCCAGAGGCUCCGUGAAUCUUCUGUUGUCCCUGUGAACAGAUAGAGAGGGCCUGUAGGCGCGAGGGAUGGGCAGCUGUGCCCCCUCCAUGGGAGAGGCAGGCAGGAGGCUGGCAGUCAGGGAUCUUGGUGUGCAGGGUGUAGCGGUGGUUCUUCUGGUCACAGGGGGACUUCAUGUAGCUGACGCCCACUGUGCACCAAAAGAAUAGUGCCUUUAACUGAGCAAGGAGCACAGAGGUCAAGGGCCCAUUACCUUGCGGGCACAUGGAUGCUUGCUUCUGGGAUCUGGGAGCUUUCUGACCCCCUUGUUCUCCACACUGAAGACCUGCAGGCUUGUCCUUUUGGACUUAGAACUUGCAAGGCGACAUGGGGAGGUCCUCAAAAAACCUGUGCUGAGUAGAUAAUGUUGCUUACCCUUCCUUUCCUGCCUAAAUGUCUGUCAGAAGUGCGGGGUUCUUGCUGGAACUGCUGCUCCUGGACACACCGACAGCCACUAG